AAAGUGAGUCGAAAGGCCCUUGACAGCGGCCAGCAAGUGCCAUUCCCGUACAUAGUCGUCGAGUAAUUCCUUGUUGAUAGAUCGCCAUCUGUCUCGAAGUGGAAGAACAUUUUGCACAGCCUCGAUGCAGGGGCACAGCCAGCAGCGCAUCCCAAUCUCUCCACCUCCGAGACCGAGUUGACGACGCGCCACCUCUAGACUACCGCACCCGCACCACCUCCGACCAACUUACACUCGCUCUUCGACUCCACUACUAUCGUACACCACCUUCGAAUCCAUCCUGAAGCCAUCAACAUGGCCGAUGCAUUCAACUCCGCCAUGGCUAAGAGGUCUCUGCGCACUAUACAAACCGAGCUGGAGUUUCUUGUCGACUCUAACGUAAUCACCAACGAACAGUUCACGACUAUCGUGAACCAACUUCCCCUCGAGAACACGCGCACUCAAUCUGCUGCCACCCCAGUCAACGCCAUGGCCGCGCUCGCCAUCCAGCAACCGCCACAGCAGCAGCAGACCCAGCAUGAACCGCACCAUCAAGACGAGAAGAAGCAGAAGAUUGGAUACUACGCCGACAACAACCCCCCGCCGCCCGCGUACCCCUCCGCCCCGCCAGCUCCAGCGAUUCUCACCACCGCUACCGCCCUCUACCAAUACAACGCCCAAGAUGCCGGCGACCUGGCCCUCAUGCCCAACGACAGCAUCGCCGUUACCGAAUACAUGAAUGCCGAGUGGUGGAAAGGAAAGAACGAGAGGACCGGCCACGAGGGAAUCUUCCCCAGCAGCUACGUGAAGGCUGUCGAGUCGAAGGGAGCUGCCUACAAUGCUGUGCAACCAUACCAACAAACCCAGCCCUCCAACUACGGCAACAUGCCCUUAGAUGUGAGCCAAGGCGCCGGUGGCCAACCCGGUACACCAGGCAAAGGCCAGGAAAUGGGAAAGAAGUUUGGCAAGAAGCUGGGCAAUGCGGCUGUGUUCGGCGCUGGUGCGACUAUCGGCUCGAAGAUUGUCGAUAGCAUUUUCUAGGUCUUCUCUACGUGCUGAGUAGUUUCCAGUCCGUGAUCAUUACUACAUGGUAAGGGCGGCGUCCCUGAGACGGUGUUCAUUGGCUUCCACUUUUUGCGUCUUUUCAAGGUUUCUAAUAGUCAGAUACCGAAAUGACAUCCACCUCUGUGGCAAC